GGGAAAAACCUAAUCACCAAGUAAAAGGAUAAACCAACAGGACUGGAACCUAGGGAACCUAAAUGCCUCGCACUGCGUUUGUUCUAGGGAAUCCUUUGGUUAUGCAGAAGUAGGCAAGUAUGGCAACGGAGGAUGAGACGGGUAAUCGUGAAAACGAGGGAGGACCAGGCUUAGGAGGCAGUGCUGAGCAAAGCAAGAAAGGGCAGAAGGACAGGGAAUCAGCAAAUCCGGAUGGCACCAAAGGGAACCGGAAGGAAAUGUCCUCCGGCGAGAGCUCGGAAAAGGUCGGGGAAAGCAGACAGGGGACCCAAAAAAACAAGGAAGACAGGAAUAAGGAUACGGGGAACCCCGAGAACUCGGAUGGAGCUGUAUCUAAGAAAGUAAGGGUUACGAACGCGAGGCGCAAGCUAGCGGAAAUAGAUAAAAGGACCGCGGAGUACAAGGCAAGGUUAAUUGAGGCAAUGAUGAUUGAGAACGAGAAAGACUCUCUGCACGAGGUACCGCGGGACGAACGGAAAACUAGUCGGGGCGGAACUGGGCAAGGGGACAAGGGUAGUGACCGUGAGGGAACGCCGAGCAAAAGAAGGAAAGAAAGAGAGAACUCUCCGGGAAUGGAGGCAGAGAAGGCUGCGAACCCCUUAGCCACAGACAGUAGGGCUAGCCGUCUACCAACCUCGGCAGCGGUAUCGCGAGGAUGCGAAGGGAUCUGGAGCCUCAGAGAAAGGGUGUUGGGAUGGUUCGACCCGGAAGGAACGGCAAAGACUAGAGGAGGGCAGAAGACCAGCAAGGAAGGGCCAGAUACCAGCGUGGCAGGCGAGGCCAGUAGCUCCGAAGGCGGCCUUAGGAAGAUAGUACCAUCCCUCGCACGAGCACUAAACAAAAAUCAAGGCUACAUAGCGGAUGCUAAGAAAAAGUUGAUGUUCGAUGGGGCGAACAUUACGGAGUUCCUGAUCGACUACGAGAACCAAGUUGCGUUACUAAAGUGGACCGAGGAGGAAAAAGUGAAGCACCUAAGACAGCAUGUGUCGUUAAGGCUAGAACGAGACAUAAUAGUCAUUGUGGCCGCAAGCUGGUCUUGGAAGGAGACCCGGGAUGUGAUGAUGAGGAAGUACCUAGCGGCAGAGAAAAUGGCAACGGAGGCCGACCUAGCGGCAGUUCAGAGGAAGAACUUCGCAAUGUACAAAAAUUUCCUACGGGAAUUUACUCUAGUGGCACUAAGGAUCCCCGGGGUCACGGAUCGGAUAAUGAGCAAAUAUUUCCUCAAGCAGUUCUCCGAGUUCGACAAAGACAAAAUCCUGUCAGCUUACCAACAGACGAGCAAGUUCGUAAAUACGCGGGAUGUUGAUUUUAGCACAGUAACGGAUCUGGUUGAGAAAACGGUAGUAACAGAAACGUUAACCUUGCUCAAGGAAGGGGAGAUCAUAGAUCUGAUCGGUAGGAUGGGCGAUAAGAUGCAAGUGACCCCUAUGGGGUUCACAAACGCGAUGGCCGAAGCGCAACGCAGGAUGCUCACCGUGGCCGGGGACAUGUUCCCAGAAAAGUGUGAGUCUUACAUCGAUGACAAUCCGAUCAAAGGCGCGCAGGAGAAGGACGAGACGGAAGUCCAGCCAGGAAUCCGACGUUUUGCGUGGGACCACCUGCAGGACAUCAAGGACUUACUCCGUCGGUUCCUAGUAUACAACAUUACGGCUAGUGGACCAAAGAGUAUCCGAGCAGUACCGGAGGUAACUAUACUAGGAUUUCAUUGCGGUGCUUACGGAAGGAAGCCGGAUCCGGCAAAGACCGACAAGAUAUCACAGUGGCCGACACCGCUGCGCAUGACGACGGAGGUAAGGGCAUUCCUGGGCGUAGUCGGUUUUUUGAGGAUCUUCAUUAAGAACUUUGCUAAGAUUGUUGAGCCUAUCCGGGCUAUGAUCAGGGAAGAAGGAACCAUGAAUUUGACGGAAGAGCGAGAAGGAGUUGUCCAAAGGCUCAAGGACAUUUUGACGGUUGAGACAGUCGCCCUGUCCGUGCCUUGUUUUAAUGACGAAGUGGGACGACCCUUCAUCCUAGAGACGGAUGGAGGACCUUUGGUCGUAGGAGGUGUGUUGAUUCAAAGGGAUGAGGUUCGAAAGUAGAACCCUGAACUCCACAGAACGACGGUACUCGCAAUUCAAGAAGGAAGUCCUAGCCAUCCUGCAUUGCCUUAAGA